UGACAUCACGGCCCCGCCGCGCCGAGCACCGGCCGAGCUGCGGGCAGCGCUCCCCGCUCGGCAGCGGGCACAGCCCGGCCUCCUCCUCCCUCUCCUCCGCCUCCUCCUCCUCCUCCUUCUCCUCCUCCUCUUCUGCUUCUCCUUCUCCUCCUUCUCCUUCUCCUCCUUCUCCUCCUUCUCCUUCUUUUCCGCUGCUCCGGUUCCAGCCCGCCCGCCGCCGCGCCAGCCGCAUGACUGUCCCCAAGAUGUCAUGGCGGCCGCAGUACCGCAGCUCCAAGUUCCGGAAUGUUUACGGGAAGGCGGCGAGCCGGGAGCACUGCUUCGACGGCGUUCCCAUCACCAAGAACGUCCACGACAACCAUUUCUGCGCCGUCAACGCGCGCUUCCUCGCCAUCGUCACCGAGAGCGCCGGCGGCGGCUCCUUCCUCGUCAUCCCGCUGGAGCAGACCGGCCGGAUCGAGCCGAACUAUCCCAAAGUUUGUGGUCACCAGGGAAACGUGCUGGACAUCAAGUGGAACCCCUUCAUUGAGAACAUCAUCGCCUCCUGCUCCGAGGACACCUCGGUGCGGAUCUGGGAGAUUCCGGAGGGCGGCCUGAAGCGGAACAUGACGGAGGCGGUGCUGGAGCUGUACGGACACAGCCGCAGGGUCGGGAUCGUGGAAUGGCACCCGACCACCAACAACAUCCUCCUCAGCGCCGGAUACGACUACAAGGUGCUGAUCUGGAACCUGGACGUGGGCGAGCCGGUGAAGAUGAUCGACUGCCACACGGACGUGAUCCUGUGCAUGUCCUUCAACGCCGACGGCAGCCUGCUGGCCACCACCUGCAAGGACAAGAAGCUGCGCGUGGUGGAGCCGCGCUCCGGGAGGGUCCUGCAGGAGGCCAGCUGCAAGAACCACCGCGUCAACCGCGUGGUUUUCCUGGGAAGCACGAAACGGCUCCUGACCACGGGAGUGUCCCGCUGGAACACCCGGCAGAUCGCCCUCUGGGACCAGGAGGAUUUAUCCAUGCCCCUGAUCGAGGAGGAGAUCGAUGGGCUCUCGGGGCUCCUCUUCCCGUUCUAUGAUGCCGACACCCACAUGCUGUACCUGGCUGGGAAGGGCGAUGGCAACAUCCGCUACUACGAGAUCGGCUUGGAAAAGCCCUACCUGAGUUAUCUCAUGGAAUUCCGCUCCCCGGCUCCGCAGAAAGGACUGGGGGUGAUGCCGAAGCACGGCCUGGACGUUUCCGCCUGCGAAGUUUUCCGUUUCUACAAACUCAUCACCCUCAAGGGCCUCAUCGAGCCCAUCUCCAUGAUCGUCCCGAGGCGGUCGGAGACGUACCAGGAGGACAUUUAUCCCAUGACUCCGGGCACGGAGCCGGCCCUGACCCCGGACGAGUGGCUCAGUGGGGUCAACAGAGAUCCCAUCCUGAUGUCACUGAAGGAGGGAUACAAGAGGAAUUCCAAGAUCGUCUUCAAGGCGCCGGUGAGGGAGAAGAAAAGCGUGGUGGUCAACGGGAUCGACCUCCUGGAGAACGUCCCACCCCGCACAGAGAACGAGCUCCUCCGGAUGUUCUUCCGGCAGCAGGAUGAGAUCCGGCGGCUGAAGGACGAGCUCUCGCAGAAGGACGUUCGGAUCCGGCAGCUGCAGCUGGAAUUAAAGAACUUCCGGAAUAUCCCGAAGAACAAUUGACUCCAGGGACAUUUUCUAAAUCAAUUCCUUUGUUUCUACUCCGCCCCUGAAUUCCUUGGAUCCACUCACCCACAACACAAUUCCAGAAUCCGCGGCUGCCGAGAGCCUGGAAUCACGUCGUGCGCGUCUUGUCCGGCACUAAUCCCGCUCUAACCCGAUCCCUGGGAAAGCCCGGAGGCUCCCAGUAAGUCGGAGCCGUGUCCGUUCCGUCGGGAUGAGCCAGCCCGGGCGGAUUCCCGGGAAAGCGCGAUGCUUCCUUGCUAUUAAUUUCUUUUCCUAUGCAAAGAUGUGACAGCGGGAGCGGAACUGGGAAAAGGGCGGGAAGUGGGAAGGGCUUGAUCGUCAGAGGGGGUGUCCGUGUGGGAAUCUGGGAUCCUUCCCCUUGUGGGAAUCUGGGAUCCUUCCUGAUGUGGGAGUUUGGGAUCCUUCCCAUGGUGGGAAACCAGGAUCCUUCCUGUUGAGGUAAACCGGGAUUCUUCCCAUGGUGGGAAACCGGGAUCCUUCCCGUUGAGGUAAACUGGGAUUCUUCCCAUGGUGGGAAACCUGGAGCUCUUCCCAUGGUAGGAAUCUGGGAUCCUUCCUGUUGAGGUAAACCGGGAUUCUUCCCAUGGUGGGAAACUGGGAUCCUUCCCGUUGUGGGAAACUGGGAUCCUUCCCAUGGUGGGAAACCUGGAGCUCUUCCCAUGGUGGGAAACCGGGAUCCUUCCCAUGGUGGGAAACUGGGAUCCUUCCCAUGGUGGAAACCUGGAGCUCUUCCCAUGGUGGAAAACUGGGAUCCUUCCCACAGUGGGAUCCUGGGAUCCAUCCCAGGACCCUUUCCCAUGUUGGGAUCCCAAGACUCUUCCCACGCUGGGAUCCCGGGAUCCUUCCCACGGUGCCGGGGCUGCGGCACGGCCGGGAUGUGGCGGGAGCAGCCCAUGGGAAGCGAUCUGCUCCAAGUUCCUUUAAAAUAACAAAACCCGCCUGGAAUUCCCGCCCAGAGAGGGAUUUUUGCUCCCUCCGCCUGUGAAAAGCGGGAUUUUCCCUCCUCCUGCCCGCCGGGAAGGGGCCACGGAGCAGGGGGAAGGAUAUUCCUGGGGGUGCUGCCCCAGGGAUGGAUCCCGACGGAUGGAUCCCGAGGGACACCCCCGGAGCGCUCGCUGGGCUCGGCACGUUGGACAAUCCCGGGAUUGAUGGAAUUUGCCCGGAGCACAGGGAACGACACCGGAUCCUGCUGGUUUUUCCUGGAGAUCCCUAUUUCCACUCAAUCCAAGUUGCUGAAAUUCCCGGCGCUCCUGGUGCGGCUCCGUCCCGUCCGUGUCCCGCGUUCCCGGUGUUCCCGGCGUUCCCUGCUGCGUUCCAUGUGCUGUCAUUCCCGAUUAUUUAUGCUCCCACGGGAUAGUGAUGGAAUAAAAUCUUUUCAGGAUACCA